AUUUAUUCCGUUAAUAAUUUCCCCAUAUAUCUGUUAUUUUUGAUAAUGUAUCUUAUUUAACCUAGGCCAUUAAAAUGCCUAUAUAAAGGUGAAAGGAAUCCACCUUAAUAUAGUUUGUUUAUUAGGUUUUUUCAUAAAUCCUGGAAUUGCAGGAAGUACGGAUUUUAGCAAUUUAGCUGUCCUGAAACUUGACCCCUUAGAACAAAAUCCACGUUUUGUUAGAGAAAAACAUAAACGCGAAAAAGCAGUUUUCUAUGUAUACUAUCCUGUUUACACAUGUAACGCUGAACAAGUUGUUUACAAAAAUGAAAUAUUAUGGUCUUGGGACAGGGAUAGAAAUACCUACUUCUGUUAUGCCAUAGUUAACUACCAUCUUAAGUGUUCAUCUAUGUUAGUUCCUAAUAUCAUCAAUCUUGCCCUAUCUGUUUCCUUAAAUGGUAAUCCUUCUAAAUGUCCUGAUUUAAAUGAAAAACUUAAUGAAACUUAUCAAAAUCUGAGGUCUUCCGGCUUAAUUUAUCAAGGAAUUGAAGAAGAACUUGAAGAUCAUAUAAAAAAUUUAUCUAAAAGAAUAAGGCGUCACCUUACCUCCAUGAGUAACAGAGUUUCAGAGAAAUUAAACACCAAUUCUACGUCAAGUAGAUCUAGAUUUAUUCCACCACCAAUUCCUGAACGACCUCAAUCCCAUACUCAUGAACAAUCGCAAUCAAAUGCUCCAGUAACAACAACUGCCUAAGUUAAUAACGAAUGAACUCGCACAUAAUUUAUUCAACAUAUUUAUUUUAAUUGGGUUGUUAAAAUUAAUGUAAAUUUUAAACUA